AUGAGCAAACUACUUCAAAAUUCACUCAAUACGAAAGAAGAACGCAUCAUUCAUUUGAAUUUAGAAAACAAAGUCUUGAAAGCAAUGAAUCAGCAUUUGAACGAACGGAUCGAUCGUUUGAAAAAUGAAAGCAUCAAGCAAAAUAAGAUAAUUAGCGAUCACAAGCGUUUAGUUCGGGAGAUGAUUGAUAUCCUAGCCAUGAAGAACUCCUUUCACUACGGCUUUGCCGAUCAUACUGCAAAGUUCAGACGUGAACGUACAAAAUUACUAGCCGAAAUCGAGCAGCUGCGAGUUCAAGCCAAUUCCGAGAAAACCAAAACACGGCCCAAAAGCAUGCCGGCUCCUGCUGACGUCAAAUGUGGUAAACAAAAAGUUGGUUUCGAGUCCGUUUCCCCAGCGCAAACCUCUUCGAAUGAUUAUUGGGGAUCCAAAUUCAGUGUUUGCCAGCUUCCGACACAGACCAUGAGACACUCAUCCAGUCCGGUACGAUCUGCCAUUCGACCGUUACAUUCUUCGUUCGCUGCCAAGAAAUCGGGUUCCGAACCGGAGAUUUCACUCGCAGGAAUGAAAAAACCGGAAACUUCAGUCUCACAAGAAUGGCCAAUGCCGGGUCGAUCAAGCAAAAGUCCCUACAUUGCCAAGAUUAAGGUUUUUAUGACUUUGUUCGCUGUUGUGAGCUCCAAACUGUAUGAGUAAAGUAGUCUUCUUUGCAGAGUUUGUUUGCUGAAAUGAAGAAAAUCAAGCCGAGUUAGACGCGUUUGCGAAUCUGCGAAAUAAUAACACUAACUUAUA